AAAAUAUACCGCAUAAUUAUCACAUAACCAAGCAAAUUAACCACCCCCGAAAAUCAAUUUGAUAGUAAAAUCUAUGUUGGAUCUCAUGGAUUCCACAACCAUCAGCCCAUUUGUAUUCUACCUUCCUCUCCUCUUCCCACUGUAUCUGAUCUCUAAACACUUCCACCGGAAAUUCAAGAACUACCCGCCGGCCCCGUUCCUCACCCUCCCCGUCGUUGGCCAUCUCUACCUCUUUCAGAAGCCUCUCCACAAAACCUUAACCAAUAUUUCCAAGCGCUACGGACCGGUCGUCCUACUCCAGUUCGGCUCCCGGAAAGUUCUCUCUGUGUCCUCUCCUUCCGCCGUGGAAGAAUGUCUGUCGCGGAACGACGUUAUUUUCGCGAAUCGUCCCCGUCUCCUGGCCGGAAAGCAUAUAGGGUACAACUACACCUCCCUAGCCUCGGCGUCCUACGGCGACCACUGGCGCAAUCUCCGCAAAAUCAUCUCCACCGAAAUCCUGUCCAAUAAUCGCCUCCAGACGCUCCACGAAACUCGCGCAAAUGAGGUGAAAUCAAUGAUUCGGAAGCUGGAUUCGUCUUCGAAAGCGGGUUCUCCGGUGGAAAUGAAGACUCUGUUUUCCGAGCUCAUGUUGAACCUGCUGAUGAGGAUGAUCGCCGGAAAACGUUAUUACGGCGACGACAAGGAAGUCGACGUCAAGGAGGCGGCUCGAAUCAGGGAGAUUGUCAGGGAGGUUGUGCUACUCGGUGGGGCCACCAACGCCGGAGACUACGUGCCUUCUUUGAGUAGGGUGUCCGUAAAGUUGGAGGAGAGUUUGCGGCAGCUACAACUCAAAAGAGAUGAUUACUUGCAGGAUCUGAUUAGGGAGUGCCGGGAAAAGAAGGUCAACGGCGGCGUUGACGGGGGCGGUGAGGCGGCAGGGAAAAAGAAAUCAUUUGUUGGUGUACUGUUGACCCGGCAAGCAGAGGAACCCGAAUAUUACAAAGAUGAAAUUAUCAGAGGCCUCAUUGGGGUUAUCUGGCCAAGGAAGAUCGUCUGAUCGAGAGCUCAAUGGUGGGAUACUACUAGGGUCCCCUUUUACGCAUAUCUCGAGACGCUCUUCUUCCCAUCCGACCGUUGGUUGCGCAAGGCACUCUGCCUAUCGGGCAGAGGAUCUCAAACCAAUUUUUCAUGUGGACCGUGGUGAUUAUAUGUAUUGAGGUUAUCUUAGCAGCAGGAAUAGACACAUCAUCUGCAACAAUGGAAUGGACACUCUCACUACUUCUAAACCACCAGCAAAUCCUGAAGAAGGUUCAAGAAGAAAUCGAUGAUAAGGUGGGAUAUGAGAGACUAGUAGAAGAAUCAGAUAUGGUUGACCUCCCCUAUUUAAAUUGCAUAAUCAAGGAAGCAAUGAGAAUGCACCCUGCUGCCCCUCUGGCAAUCCCUCAUGAGUCCUCAAAGGAGUGCACUGUAGCUGGCUAUUGCAUCCCAAAAGGGACGAUGUUGUUGCUCAACUUGUAUUCCAUCCAAAGAGACCCCAAAUACUGGGAUGAGCCGGAAAGGUUCAAGCCAGAAAGAUUCAAAGACUUAGUAGCUAAUACUACUCCUAAAGAACAGGGAUAUAAAUGGAUGCCUUUUGGGUUAGGUAGGAGAGGAUGUCCAGGAGAAGCACUGGCAUGGCGCAUGGUCGGGAUGUCAUUGGCAUCGAUUAUCCAAUGCUUUGAUUGGGAAAGACUUGGAAGCGAAUUGAUAGAUAUGAGUGAAGAAAUUGGUGUGACUAUGCCCAAAGCAACGCCUUUGGUGGCUAAAUGCAAGACACGACCUUUUGUCACUAACCUUCUUUCUACCUAUACAACAUGAACUUCUUUUGUUUUUCUUUAUUGUGUAAACAUGAUUUUCGUUUGAUAUUAAUGUCAUGAAGUCUUUCUAAAUCACAUCCUCAUCAAAUCGUAUUGGAAUCUGUCAUAGUUACCCCAUGCAACUACUUGCUUAACCAGGUGAAAAUUUUAAAAUUG